AACACAGGGAUCAGAGAGGCUAGCUAGCUUUUUAACUAUGGAGUUUGCUCUGCGCAGAUCUGGCCAAGAAGCUGAACCAGCCGAGGAAGAAAAGAGAAGUGAAUCUACUGCUGCUCAUAAUCAUGAAGCUCCUCCUCGUCUUAAACAAGAUAUUACUGUCGAGGUGCCGCCGAUGAAUACUACCGAUAGAUCCGUCGUGGACACUGGACCACCUCAUGCAUCCUCAGCCAAAAAAGAAGAGGUUGACGAACUUGAAUCAGCAAGAGUUGAAAUGGGUGAGGUAAGAGAAGAAAACCAAAGGCUGAAGAUGUGUUUGGAGCGAAUAAUGAAGGAAUACCAGGCUCUGCAAAUGCAAUUCCACGUUAUAGCUCAACAGGAAGCUACGACGAAAUCUGAUCAAAAAGGAGAUGUUGGUAACAAUCAAGAGCCUGCUGAGGAAUCGGAUCUGGUUUCACUCAGUCUGGGAAGAGUUCCGGGUGGUAGUAGUAAUCCAAAAUCUGACGAAAAAUCUAAAGUCAUCAACCCCAAACCGUCAUUACAUUUACAGCGACAAGAGGGAGAAGAAGAAGAAGAAUUCAAACAAGACUUGUCUCUUGGACUGGAUUGCAAAGUUGAAACAUCAAAAUCUGGAAGCACGACUGAAGCUUUGCCAAAUAAUAAUGCGAGCCCCACCAAUAGCUCUGAAUUAGUUCACAAGGAAGAAGAAGCUGGCGAGAGUUGGCCACCAAGCAAGGCACUUAAAACUCCCAGAGAUCCCACAGAUCAAGACGAAGUUUCCCAGCAAAAUCCUGCUAAGAAGGCCAGAGUUUGUGUGAGAGCAAGAUGUGACACCCCAACUCUGAAUGAUGGAUGCCAAUGGAGGAAAUAUGGACAAAAAAUAUCGAAGGGAAAUCCCUGUCCAAGAGCUUACUAUCGUUGCACAGUUGCACCAAAUUGCCCAGUAAGAAAGCAGGUGCAAAGAUGUGUAGAGGACAUGUCGGUUCUAAUCACUACCUAUGAAGGAAACCACAACCACCCUCUCCCGCUCUCUGCUACUGCUAUGGCUUCCACCACUUCUGCAGCUGCUUCCAUGCUCUUGUCAGGCUCUUCUUCAACCUCUAACCUCCCUGCCGGUUCAGCGCCGUCUGCAACGGCCUCGGCGACCACCGCCAUUGGCUCUGAUCUCCACGGCGUCAACUUCUACCUCUCAGAUGGCUACAAACCAAAGCAAUUCUACCUCUCCAAUCCUGCACUAUCACCUUCACCAUCACACCCUACAAUUACCCUCGACCUCACUUCCAAUAAUCCUUCCUCUUCAAAUUAUUUCUCGCCCCACUUCAACAGAUUCAACUCAAACUACAAUAACCCACCGAGAUUCCCUUCUUCAGCCAGCCUCAGCUUCAGUUCCUCAGACUCCAACGCAAUUUCAUGGAGCAACAAUGUGGGGUUCCUCGGUUACAACUACAACGCCCAACCAUAUAAUAACAACAGGAACAUCCUUAGCAGCAUCAACCUCGGAAGACAACUACCGAUUCAAACUCCUCCUCCUCCUACUGCUCCUCAAGUACAUCAAAAUCCUCCUUCACUACUGCCAGACACCAUAGCUGCAGCAACUAAAGUGAUCACAGCUGACCCAGCAUUUCAGUCAGCUUUGGCUGCUGCACUUACUUCCAUUAUGGGCACAGGAAAUUGUGGUAGUGUUAGUGGGAAUAGCACACAAAGUGUUGGAGAAAUCAACUUGGGUCAGAAAAUUAACCCAUGGGGAGAUAUUUUCGCAGCUUCUGCAUCUGGGUCAGCUUCCAAAGUCAGUGGAUGUGGUUCAAGCUUCUUGAGUAAAACGACGCCGUCCGGAACACAAGCAGGAAGUAGUGGUUUGAUGUUUCUACCUCCAUCUCUGCCAUUUUCUAGCUCCAAGACCUCGUCGGCGUUAUCUCCGGCUGAUAAUAGAAACAAGUCCAAUUCCUGACGGAAAUUUUCUCUUCGUAUUAUGAUUGUUUUUUCCCUUGUAAGAUAAAAGGAGAAUUUUGGGCACGUACACAUGAAUAAUAAUACUACAUGUACAUUCACUCUUGGUUUUGUUGGCUUAGGAAAGAUGUAGAUGAUGAAGAUUUCUGUGUGAAUUGAACAAUGUUACAUGUUACGCUCACCCAGAAAUUUCUCUAUAUUGUGUUUAAGAGAAACAUGUGUAGUGGGUGUUCCCCCCUGAUCUUUUUCUUGAUGGAAGUUAUUGCAGUGACAUCAAAUAAAUGUACAGAAUGUGAUGUAG